AUCCACCUCCAAAUCAACCUUGAAAGCUUUCAUCUAUUUGCCGUCCUUGCCUUGAAUGUUCUUGGUAAUAGACAAAAGCUAAAUUUUUAAAGUUGCAUUUUUUCUCAUUUUUUUAUAUCUAUAAGAUCAGUGAAAACAGAAGAGAUAGAGCCAAAGCUAAGGUAAGAGGAGGAGGAGGAAGAUAAAUAGAAUUGGAACCAUGGAAUCCAAUCUAUGUGUAUACAGUUGAUUAUAGGAUCAGGUAAUUUAUUUGAACUAGGUUUUGCACCUAUUGUCAUAAAAGUGAACACAUUCAAUUUGUUUGACAAUACUAAUUGAAAAAUAAAGGAGAAUGCAUAUCAAUAUAUGUCUGUCAUACACAAUUACUCACGAUAUACUAGAAUUCAGAAAUAAUAUUUACGGUAUUAUCAAUUAGAAAUGUUAACAAAUAAUGAUCGGAGUGAAUCUCAACUUAGAAAUCACUCUAUUGGUAUUUGACAUUGUCGCUUCUGACCAAUUUGAGACUUUGAGUGGGUCGAUAAGCUUGGGAGUUGGGAUACAAUACAAUAUGGGGUCGUUUGGAUUGAGUAUUUGACAAACUUGUUGUUUGGGGUCAAUUACCACACAAAUACCACAUAAUAUAAAACCUGUUAUUUGGUAUGUGAUAUUUGGUCUCAAACUUGUUAUUUGGCAAAUACCUGCCCCCUCCCAAGUAUUUGGCAAACAACACUUUUUGUGUUAUUUGGUCUCAAACCUGUUAUUUAGCAAAACACUUACAUCCAAAUAACGCAUCUCACUUUUUGUCAGCCAAACAUGUUAUUUGAGGUCAAAUAACACAAAAUCUGUUAUUUGACCCCAAAUAACACCCCCAAAUACUCAAUCCAAACGACCCCUACAAGUACAACAAGGAUAGGGGUCCCAAAAUAACUCCAUCUAAUCAUGGUUAAUACUUAAUAAUGAUGGUAAAGUGGACACUGGAUCAAGCCUUUCAAUACGGGCCAAAAGUUCAAUUGGGCUAAACUAUUACCUCCCUGAAAAGCCCUAUAUUGGAGCGCCACCGCCUUUCAGAGAUCACACCUUUAAAGCUCCCCCGGCUCCCGCCACCGCAACCACUCAUCUUUCGUUGUUACCUCCCUGCGCCGCUCGGAAAACCCGAUAGGACGAGAUGCAGAUAUUCGUAAACCUACCGUCGCAGCAAACCUUAACUCUGGCCGCCACGCCGUCGGACACCAUCGCCGACCUCAAAUCCGCAAUCCAAUCCCGCGGAGGACCAAUUUCAAUCUCGGACCCUGCCAACGAACAAUACUACCAAUUGAUCCACGGCGGCAAGCUCCUCGACGAUGACAGCCGAACCCUAGCCGAGUACAGAAUCCGGAACAAGUUCGCGACAGUCGAUCUCCUCCCGCGGCUCCUCGGCGGCGGCGGAGGGAAGAAGAGGAAGAAGAAGGUGUUCAGCACGCCCAAGAAGGAGAAGAAGGACAAGGAGAAGCUCCCCGUGCUCAAGCUUUACAAUGUCGUGGACGGCGGCGGGUAUGAAGACUCGACAGGUGUGCUGGAGAGGUUGAGGAAGGAGUGUCCGAAGUGCGGACCGGGGAAUUUCAUGGCCGAUCACGGCGACAGGGUUUCCUGCGGCAAGUGCGGUUUGAGUUUCGCGCGCAACCCACCGCCGACGCCGCGUGAGGACGCGGAGGAGGAGGAAAGGAAUUUUGCUGUCGUUAGCGUUUAGUUUAGUUUUUUUUUUGUUUUUUUUUUACUUCUUACUCUUGGUUAACUUAAUAGAGAGCUCGAGAUCCUGCUAGCUAGGCCAUUGGUAUCCUUAUUAUAGUUCGAUUCCAUCUGUUACCUCUCGAUCAUCGUAGUUGUUAAUAGAGAACGUAUAAACAA